CCAUACGCUUCAAAACCCCCAUUUUAGCACAAACUUUUCCACAACUCAUAGAAAAUGCGUUGUCCCUCUUCUUCCUCGUUUUCUCCCCUCCAAACCCUUGUGAUCAACCCUUUUAUUUCACCAUUUCACCCCUAAUCUUUGUUGUUCUCACUUUUGGGUAUAUCACGCACUCUUUUGCUCUUAUUUCUUUAAAAUCUCAUCUGUCCAGAUUUUAGGGUUUGCUCAGUACAAAAUUUCAUCCCCUCAUCACAGAUAAUCUAGUAAUAUUGACGGUUGAACAUCCAAAAGCUUACAGUUCCAAUUUUCGUUACGAAUUCUAGGAAUGAAGAGGACAGCAUAUUACAGCGCUGCUCCUCAGGUGCAGGAUCAUUGGCCAAUUAAGAAAGCACUCACACUCUCUGAUGUUGAUAUCACCCAUCCAUUCCUGACAUUAUCCAGGCAGCAGGUUGAAACCCAUAUUGUUGUGUAUAUGACAUUUGAACAGGCAAAACUUUUAAGAGAAGAUGGCCAAGUGAGUUUUAAUGCCCAAGAUGACGAUACUGGUGAUUUGUAUGUGAUGAAAUUGAAGUGGCGUGGGAGCUAUUAUAAUCUUAUUGGCAAAUGGGGAAAAGUGGUACGCGGAAAGGGACUUGAUGUUGGGCAAGAAAUCAAAUUGAGGUGGCUUAAUGGAUGUUUACACUUCUCAGUUCCACAACGGCAGGUUGUUCUAGUACCACCAAUUCGAACUGUUACAGCACCUCUGGUUCCUGACCACUGGCCUCUUACAAAGGUCCUAACUUCGUCUGAUGUUGAUACUAACCAUCCUUUCCUCCCGUUGCCUCGUAAAGCUGUUGAAGAUCAUAUUCUUGCACAUUGGAUGCCACAAGAAAGAGAAAGAUUGAGAAAGGAAGAGCAGGUGCCUAUAAAUGCACGGGAUUAUGAUACGGGUGAUAUGCAUCUGAUGAAAUUGAAGUGGCGAGGGAAUUAUUAUAACCUUAUUGGGAGAUGGGCAAAUAUAAUUCGACAGAAAGGACUUGGUGUUGGCAAAGAAAUCAGAAUAUGUUGGGCAAAUAAUUGCUUAUACUUCUCAGUUCCAAACGAUCAUUACAUCGCAACAGCAUCUGGACAUGAUAAUUGGCCUAUUAAGAAAGCACUGACGUUGUCCGACAUUGAUACCAAUCAUCCAUUCCUUACUUUGCCGGGCAAAGCAGUCAAGGAUCAUAUACUCAUCUACUGGACACAACAAGCUCGGGAACAGUUGAGUAGUGAUCAUCAAGUUACCAUCAAUGCUCGGGAUGAUGACAGUGGCGAUCUGUAUGUAAUGAAGUUGAAAUGGCGCGGGAGUUAUUAUAAUCUUGUUGGCAAGUGGGGCAAAAUCAUUAGGGAAAAGAGACUCCAUGUAGGAAGAGAAGUCAGAGUGCGUUGGGACCAUGGGUGUUUGGUCUUCUCAGUUCCUCAAUGACAGUGGUAUUUUUUGUAGAUAGGUGGAAGCUUCACCCAAUACUAUUUAUGUUUCCAGUAAUCAUCUCAUUCAUACAUAACAUGUGUCAUUUCAUAUGUUUAAUUUCUAGUAUGCUUUUCGGCUCUGAUUGGUAUGAUGGUUCCAGACGAAACUGUAACAUCCAUCCGGUUGCUAACGACUGGUGCAAGAGACUUGCUAGAUGUUAAUUCAACAAGGUGAUGCAAUACGUGAAAUUACUAAUGGAUUUGUCUGCAUCAAAUAUCUUUAAGAGGAAAUUUCUUAAGGAUGUAUUUGGAGAGAGAGAGAGUGAGAAAUGGCCUCAUUAUUUUUGUUACUCUUUUAAAUAUCUCUCUAUUUUCAAAAAUCCUAUACUGCCCUUCUUUAACUCCUCCAUCAUCUCAGGCUUAAAGCCUAUGUUCCUUUGCUUAUCGAAGACGAUGAGAGAUAGGGAAAAAGAAGAAAACGAAAAAAAUAAAAAAGAUGAACGGACACUAGGAAUAACAGAAGAAAGGGGAAAAUGUAGGGAGUCACCCUUCUAAUUCUUUUGUUUUCUUAAUGGGGAUUUUCUCCAAAUAACUAUGGGAAUGGUAACAGCUGUAGCAUUUAAAUAAAAAAUCUGUUGCUAUAGUUAAGGAAAAUUCUGGUAGCAUUAGUUAUGGAGAGUUACCAUAUUAAUGGAUUUGGUAGGAAGUGGAAGGGUUUGGGGUUGAGGAGGACAUUUUUGAAGGCUAGAAGUGUGCUUUGAAUAACUCAUCCAACAUGUCGAAUUUGGAGAGUUAGCCUGCUUCUUUGGGCGGUGAUCAUUUUUAACAAGGUUAAAUUAGUUCUUGACCUAUAAAGGAGGCUUUUUGGAAGUAAAAAUUACAACAUUGGCCGCUUUUCACUUUUACCAUUACGAAAUAACUAUUUUGAAAAAUUCCUCUUUUCUUUUAAAGCACUUCUUUUGAAAUUUUGAAGCACUUCUUUUCAAAUUUUGACUUAGUGACAGUCUUGUUUGAUUGUUUACGAUCUUAUUUUCUAUUUUUCCAUCUAAAGUUGAUAUUACACCUUUUCAGCUUCAAACUAUUGCUCAUACGUUCUAUUAAAUGUCUGUUUGUUUUAUGCUUUUGUAAGAUCUUCCAGUACCAUUAUAGUUGCACUCGUUCUCGUGAUCGUUAAUAUACUGCACUACAGGGAAAUGUUACGUACACCAAUGGAAUAUGUCUAAAUGGUUAAGAUAAUGGGAAACUGAUGCUUGCUCGAGUAUUUGGUAUAUUCAAAAGCAAUAUUCACCUUGUACGGGUAAUGGAUUUCUGAUUCAAAUGGUAUAAUGCCUGCUUUAAAUAAUCAGGAAUUACGGUUGAUUCCUCCAUUUUUGUAGUUGUCAACGGUUCAAUUUUCUUUUUGAAAAGUGGAUCCCAGUCUACCACCCAUGUACAUUUAGAUAAUAAAUGUCAUUUAAAUUUCUGGCUUAAUUGUGGUAUUGCAAGUGCUACAUGACUUGCAUUCCCGGAUGAUUUCAAAGAUGGUCAUUCUCUGAUAUCAGCAGUUCCCUGGAGUUUCCUGUGUGGCUCGUGACACCUGGUUUGGACACUUGGGGAUAAGAAAUGCUAUAUUUUUCUGGUAACAUGCUUUUUCCAGCAUAGAAAGAACUGGGGCAAACUAAGUAAAUCUGCAGUUUCCCUGAAAGUUGUGUACAUAUUCUCACCAAGAAAAUAUUAGGAUACUUGGUGGUGUAGGAUGCCAGUAGUGGAAGCAGGUUAUUAUAUCAGCUGUGUCUGAGAAAGAUCGUUGAGUACUACUAACCUAGGACAUCAGUAGGAAGCAAUCAGUUUUGAUGCGAAUGAUAUCGAAUAACGUGUCGCUUGGUACACCUCUAUUUGUCUUUUGCCCCCUCAAAGUCCUAUUUAAUAUUUCGUAAAGAUGCUGGCUUGUAUAUGUUUUUGGUUUGCGACUGAAACUUAAAUUCUUUUUCACAGUUAAUGGGCCAUUUUUGAAGGUGUCUCGGCUCCAAGGAUCUGGUUAAACCCAGUUGAAGGAUGCUCAUUUCAACUGGUUUAGUUUACCGAGUGCAGCAUAGACCGAAAGAUGCAAGAGUAGGAUUUUUAUGCUCCAGCAGUCGUACAACACUGAUAUUUGCAGUAGAUUACAAGCUGGAUUAGAAAUGAGAAUUUGUAGAAUAGCUCUCUUUUGUGUUAUGACUUGUGCUGUACAUGGGUGUUAACGAUGCUUUGAUUACAGAUACCUGUUGUGCUGAUUGAGGACUGUGGAUCUGUAGAGAGCAAAAGAAGUUGAGUUGAAGAGAUGAGAGUAAGAUAAUUAAACACUAAAUGCAUGUUUCUUGCUCAGUAUACUUGAAAGUACUGAGAAAGAAAAAAGAAGCCCAGAUCUUGUUUAUUAUACCGUGCAGAGGGUUCAAAUAUUGGUCUCAGUGAAGAUUUGGUUCUUUCUAAGCUGGACUACUGGAAUUGUCGAUAAGGUCAUGCUAUCCCAUUGAUCUCUGGUUGUCAGGAUCAAACGAAGCUUGUUAAUGAAUGCAACUCUCAUUCUUGAAGAGCAGAUAGGCACAGAACCACACCCUUGGUUUUACUUUAUGGUCGAAGAUGCUCUAGCUGAAAUUGCAGUGAUGUGUCAAUGGUUCUUGGCAGCAGGGUUUUUUUGAGAAACAUUGAGCUUGAAUCGUUUAGUCCAAGCACUAGGUUCUGUUCAACUUUCUCUACAAUAUUCCACACAUCACCUAAAACCCUUCCCCAUUUAACUCUGUAAAUGUGCUUCAGAUUUUAGCAGAAUGGAAUGUUGAGUUUGAAUGGAAUUAAUUUACUUAAACAGGGAAAUUUGACAAGAAAUAUUGACAGAA